AUGGCAUUCGAUGAAACUGAGGCAAGUGGAAUGGUAACUGAUAUGAUUCAGACCCAAGAAAUAAGAGUUAAGCAUAUUAUAUUCCUAACAGACGGAGAUAAGAAGCUUGUCGAAAUAACUAGCAUUGCAAAGUCAAAGCCAGGGAAGCACGGAGCAGCCAAGUUCUGCUUCCAGGGAGUCAAUCUCAUCACAGGAAAGUUCUACCAAUUCACAGAAGGAUCCAAGACCAACCUUACAGUGUGCACUCUUGUAAAGGUUCCAUGUGAGUUUAUGGAGAUAAACGAGAACGACAACUCUCUUGUGGUUCUUAACGAAGAGACAGCAGAGGUUAUCACUGUUGCACUCGACAGAAUAUCACCAGAAACCAUUGAGGAGAUAAAGAAGCACUCCCUAUUAGUGGGAUCCAGUGGAAGUGUUAGAUUCAAGCUUGUAGACACUCCAUACUUGGUGGUUGUAACUGAUAUAACCUCAAAGGCAGACUAA